AUGUGUGACCAGCAACAGAUUCCGUGUUGCCUGCCGCUCCCCCAGUGCUGUGUGAAGGGUUCCUCCUUCUUCCCCUCCCCGUACCCUUCUCCCCAGGGCCAGGUGGUAGUUCAAGCCCCUUGUGGGAUGCAAAUCAUGGAGUGCCCUGCACCAUGCCCAGUUCAAGUUUCCCAGGUGAAGGGCCAAGUUCCCUGCCAGUCCCAGACCAUUCAGGUGAGCAGCCAGGCUUCAGGCCAGGCUCAGACCGCCAGCGUGAAGGGUCAGGCUCCAGGCCAGUCCCAGACCACGCAGGUGAUCAGCCAGGCUGCAUGCCAGCCUGAGGUUUGCUACGUGCCGUGUGGAGCCCCAUGCCCUGUUCAGACCUGCUUUGUAGAAUGUGCUCCAGCUUGUUAUACAGAAACUCGCUACGUGGAAUGCCCCGUCCAAACCUAUGUACCCUACCCAGCUCCCCAGCCUGUCCAGAGGUAUGUAGCGUACCCCUCAGCAUGCCAGACUCAAGGAAGAUUCUCCACCCAGUGCCAAUAUCAGGGUUCCUUCGGCAGCUGCGCCCCCCAGCGUCAGUCCCGGGCUUCAUGUCGCACUUAUGCACCCCCAUGCCAGAGCCAGGGCUCUUACGGGGGCUUCCCCAUGCAGCGUCGCGCUAGGAGCACCAGCAGAUGCCUCCCUUCACGCCAGAUGAUGCGGCCUUCCUACCGCAGCUGCUCCCCACCC